AUGGUGGAAUUUGAAGAGGGGGGACACCAUGAUGAGGAUGGUGGACACCAUGAUGAGGAUGGGGGACACCAUGAUGAGGAUGGGGGACACCAUGAUGAGGAUGGGGGACACCAUGAUGAGGAUGGGGGACACCAUGAUGAGGAUGGGGGACACCAGGAUGAGGAUGGGGGACACCAGGAUGAGGAUGGGGGACACCAGGAUGAGGAUGGGGGACACAAGGAUGAGGAUGGGGGACACCAUGAUGAGGAUGGGGGACACCAUGAUGAGGAUGGGGGACACCAUGAUGAGGAUGGGGGACACCAUGAUGAGGAUGGGGGACACCAUGAUGAGGAUGGGGGACACCAUGAUGAGGAUGGGGGACACAAGGAUGAGGAUGGGAGACACCAGGAUAAGGAUGGGGGACGCAAGGAUGAGGGUUGGGGACACCAUGAUGAGAAUGGGGGACACCAAGAUGAGGAUGGGGGACACCAGGAUGAGCAUGGGGGACACCAGGAUGAGGAUGGGGAAAAAUUAGAACUUGAAGAACGGGGGGAAAAUGAAGAAGACAACUAUGAAAGAGUAAGAAGAAUGGAAUUGCUUUUAAAGAUAAAGAAGAGAAAGAUGCUUGGAAAUAAAGCUCGGAAAGCAAAGGAAAAUAUGACUCCAAAACUACUAGACACAGAUAUAAUUAUAAAAGAAAAUACAAAUAUUAAACAGAUGGAAAAAGAAACGGAGGAAAGCAUACCGAAUAAUGAAGAACCAGGAAAAGAAAAGAAAGAGGAUGAGAACGAAAAAGGAAAGAAAGUAGAAAAUAUAUUAAUGGAUGAAGGGAAAGAGAUAAACCAUUCAAUCAAGUUUAACAGUUUUUCAUUCAAGAACAGGGAGAAAAUAAGGAAUAAGAGAGAAAUUAAGAAAAUCAAGGAAUCAGAAACUGUUAAUGAAGAUACUGAACUGCUAUGCAGCUCUGCAGGAACUUUGGAAACCUUACAAUGCUUCUACUGCGGUGUGCAUGUACCUCCUAGUUCUGCUUGUACCUGGUGUAAGAAUGUAUAUUUUUGCUCCAAGGAACAUGCAGAAAUACAUCGGCCCCAGGAAUACUGUUUUCCAUUUAUAGUAAAGCGAGAUCCUAAAGUCGGCAGAUACUGUAUUGCAAGUCGAAGUAUCUCCCCCUGCGAAUUAAUCCUUAGGGAGGAUGCAGCAGCUGCAGGCCCUUACGCCAAGAGUAAACCAGUUUGUCUUCAGUGCUUCAAAAAGAUUGAUGGGAGUUAUGUAUGCCCGCGAUGCAAGUAUCCAGUGUGUAAUCUAGACUGCUCUAAAGGAAACCUGCAUGAACAGGAGUGCAAUUUCUUUGUUGAAAAGAAUUAUCAAUGUUCUAUUAAAUGUUUCAAUAAACCAAAUAGUAACUAUGCCUGCAUAACUCCACUAAGGAUGUUAUUGAAAAAGAGGAGUGAUCCAAAAACCUUUGACAGAAUAAACUUCUUGAUGGACCAUGUAGAGGAGAGAACAGCGACCCAAUCCAAUAUCAACAUGAUGUAUCUUAAAGUUGUGACGUUUCUCAAAAAAACUUGUGAUACACCAGAGUUCGAUGAGACUGAAAUAUCCAGAACAAUUGGAAUUCUUAGAACUAAUGGAAUGAAAUUAGAACAGGUUGGAUCAUGUGAAUGUGCUGGAGUAGCCCUGUAUCCUAUUUAUUGUCUUCUAAACCACGCUUGCUACAAUAAUACUAAUUAUACUAAAUAUCCAGAUCUCCAUCUAGAGCUUAGAGCCCAGACUGGUAUUAAAGCAGGAGAAGAGAUUACAACAAGAUAUGUUAGUUCUACCCUGGGAAACUACAGACGACAGAGGGAUAUCCAAAAAUACUGGUUUUUUGACUGCCAAUGUAAACGAUGUCGAGAUGUGACUGAACUGGGAACACACAUGUCGUCAAUUAGAUGUAAUAUUUGUAGCGGCGGAUUUCUCUCUCCAGAACAUAGUUUUCUUGAUGAUUCCCCCUGGUGUUGUGAUUCCUGCACUAAUAAAUGGGAUAAAAACAAAGUAACGGAAUUGAUGGAUACAUUGGAAGAGGACAAUCAAAAUCUCGAUACUUCCAGAGUAGAGGACUUGGAAGAAGCAGUGUUCAAGUACGGAGAGCAGACCCAGUUACAUCAAAACCAUUAUUUAGUGGUUGAGCUGUGUCACACUUUAAUUCAUAGAUAUGCUGCACUCUCUACUAUCAGGAAGCUCUCAAGACCUGAGGAAGAGAGAAAAAUUCAACUUUGUUUCCAUGUACUUAAUGUACUUUCUAAAGUUGAUCCAGGAUUUACAAAAUGGCGGGGUAAUGUACUUCAGGAACUGGUUAGUUCACUGAUGACAAUCUCCAAACAGGAUUUGAAGGCGAAUAUUAUAACUGAAGAAAUGUUCAAGAAACGACUUUACUACGGUAUGGUUUCUUUAUCUCAGGCACGGAAAUGUCAGUUUGCCGGCUUCUCUAGCUGAACCUGUUACAGUUAUUCUUACAGUGAUAUCCAGAAUACAAUGGACUAGGAAGGAAGACAAUAUUAUAGCAAUACUUUUAGUGUAUUUGAUGUUGUUACACAGCAAACAGUUUUUACUAGACAGUAAUGAAUCACUAAAUGAUGAAAUGUGUCUGUUUAUACUGCACAAUUAAUAUGUCCUCUUCUCAGUGCUCAUUGGAUUUUUUAAAGUUAAACUUUAUUCUAAAAGUAUUUUUCCUAUUUUAGAAUUUUCUGAUUAUCACUGUAGUGAACACUAUAACAUAUACAAUUACAUGCAGUGUACAAGCUAAAAACUGCACCCAGCCCUGCAGUUUCGAAAAUUCUAACCAAGCAAAACCUAUUUAGUCAAAAAUUAUAGGAUUAAUGUUACAUCAAAAUAACGCGUAUUUAUUAUUGCAUAUAUUAUGCACUGUAUGCAAAAGUUCCUUAUCUUUAAUAACAUUUAUUUUUUAACCAUCACGUCAUAGAUUAAUAUAUUUCAACCCCUAAUAUUAAUGUGUUAUCUAAAAUAAAUAUUUUUUUUUUAAAUAAAACAAAUGAAAAAAACCUGAUUUGUUGACAUUUGUCAAGAGAAGUAAAACUAAGCUGCAUUAAUGAGCUGCGACAUUUUUAUAAUAAUAUUUUGUACAAGACAUAUCUAAUGUGUUUGUUUUUAUAAUAAUAUUUGGUACAAGACAUAUCUAAUGUGUUUGUUUUUAUAAUAACAUUUGGUACAAGACAUAUCUAAUGUGUUUGUUUUUAUAAUAAUGUUUUGUACAAGACAUAUCUAAUGUGUUUGUUUUUCGUGAGAAAGUGUGCUUUUUAAACAGCACAAUAUUAGUUUCUACAAAUAAGCGAAGCCUAUGUAAUAUGUAAAAGAAAAAAGAUACCGAAAAAAGCUAGUUUUUCAUUGGUUCCCUUAGAAUACAGUGAUAACCAGAAAACAAUAGAAUAGAAAGACUACAUUUAGCAGUUAUAGAGCGUUUUGAUGUUGUUACAUAGUAAAUAUUUUUAAUUACUAGUAACUUAGCAAAGCACAAUUUAAGUGAAAAGGGUCUUUUUACUCUGUACAACUGCUUUGUCUAAUGUUCAUAGAUCUUGUUUAAGUCCUAACUUGAGUUUAAAAUUCGUCUUCCCUUUUCAGAUUUGUCUGGUUAUUACUGUUUGAUUGAGGAUUUUUCGCAUGACCCAUAAAAACUGUUUUAGAAAUCCCUCACCCAUCAUAUUUUUCUUGAUUCUAUUAUUUUGAAAGUCAUAAUUAUUCGUUUUAUAAAGCAUGGUAAAUCUCAA